CAUGGAGACGGGAUGCGGACGGGCGGGAGGAGGAGGCGGGAGCUGAUUGGCUGGCACCGCCUCCCCCCGGCGUUGCCACGGCGACGGGAUGCGGACGGGGGGAGGAGGAAGAGGAGGAGGCGGCGUCCGCAGGCGGGAGGAGGAAGGAAUGGCACAGGGAUAACGUCCGUCCUCGCUCUGUUCUGCAGCCACUGGUGGUGACAGGAGGAUCCAGCCUCUCCUGGAUCCAUGGCAUUUGCACCUCCCAAAACCAUGGACGGCUCCAAGCUCCAGUUCAAGCUGAGCACGUGGACUCCCCUGAACCACCAGCUCAUGAAUGACAAGGUGUUUGAAGAAAGAAGAGCCCUGCUCGGAAAAUGGUUUGACAAGUGGACAGAUGGCCAGAGGAGGAGGAUCCUGGUGGACCUGCUGGAACGCUGCUCCCUGUCCCAGCAGAAAUUCUGUGCCAAGCAGCUCCAGGCCCGAGUCCCCACCGAGGCUGUCGAUUUUACCACGAGGCUCCCUCGAGUCCUGUCCUUGUACAUCUUUUCCUUCCUGGAUCCACGGAGCCUCUGUCGAUGUGCACAGGUGAGCUGGCACUGGAAGUACCUGUCGGAGCUGGAUCAGCUGUGGAUGCUGAAGUGCCUGCGUUUCGGGUGGUUCAUCAACUUCUGCCCGACCCCCUUCGAGCAGGGCGUCUGGAAAAAGCACUACAUCGAGAUGGUGAGGGAGCUGCGCGUCACCAGGCCCAAGACUCCUUCCAAGGACGAGUUCAUAGUUAUCGAUGUGCAACCAGUAAAAAGCAACGUCCCAGAGAGGAAACUUUCUGUGGCAGGACGGGGGACAACCAGGGGGAAAAAGGAGCUCCCUCCUUGGCGUUCAUCCGACAGGAAUCCCACGGACACCAUCCGGUACAACUACCUGGACAACUACGACCCCAUCGAGCAGGCCAGGCAGGCGAGGAGGAAGGGAGGAGGGCGCACCCCAGACCUGAGCAGGCAGGAGGCUGAGAGGAAGAGGAGAGGGGCUCGUGGAUCCAAUCAGCUCCGGAAGGUGAAAUCCCUGUUGUCACUUUGUGCCGAUCUCGAGUCUCUCCCAAAGCCACCAGUUCGUCCCAGCUGGGCCACACCUCAGCAAACUGGGAACUUGCCCUCCAAGGCAGCAGCCAAGGCCCUGGUCCAGAGCUCCCGCUGGAACGCCGGGAUCCGGCCGGGACCCGUCCGAGCUCCAAAACCACGGGAGAGAGGAACUGGAGAUGGCACCAGGAUGGGCACCAGGUCCCCAUCACCUCCUCUGUUUGAGGCUCAGCCCUGGCACAUUCCUUCAUCCAACCAAGGAUCUGACACAGAGUAAGGGAGGACCCAGAGUAUCCUUCAUUCCAGCAGAACGGGAAUUCAUCCACCUGGCACUGGGGAAACAACGGGGAUGCUCCUGCUGCGCUUUGGGGUCGGAACCUGUUUUCCUGUCACUGGUGCGACAUUCCCUUUUCCUUAUGGAUUCUGGAAAACACAGCAGGACUUCCAACCAGGAAGCACCAGAGAGUGCAAGGGAAAAGCACGGGAGAAAGGAGAGUCAGGGGAAACGCUCCAAGGACAACCUGGUUAGGGAUGUGCUGGAGACAGAAUUCCUUUCUCAUGUUAAACAAAGGAAUUCUACCUUUUCCAUCGUGGUCCUGAGAAGGAAAUCAAAUCCCACUCUCUUGCACACGGAUCCAUGGGGAGCUGGAAUUGAUCACUGAAGAGACUGGGAAUCCCGUGCGCUCUCUCUCUCUCUCUCUCUCUUUGGGCUUUUCCGCAGUUUGGGGAAUUCCCAGGAAACGGAACAAAGAGCAGCUUUUAAGGAUAAGGGGACUGAAAGCACAGCAGCUGUAACUCAUCCCAGAGAGCUGGGACGAAACGGAACCUUUCCAUUCAUUGGGAAAAAUCAUGGCAUGCACAGGAAUCCUCAGCAUUUAUGGACAAAAAUCACAUUUCCGAAGAAAUCCCAGACACCAAGCACGGAAUCCCAGAAUUAAGGUUGGAAAAGACUUUUUAGAUCAUCAAAUGCAGCACCACACCCAUAGUCCUUAAACCACGUCCACAGGGGCCACAUCCACAGGUUUUUUGGGCGCUCCCAGGAAUGGCGACUCCAUUCAGCGCUUUCCAACCCUUUCCAUGAAGAAAUUGUUCCUUAUGUCCAACCUAAUCCUCCCAUGGGGCAACUCGAGGCCCUUUCAGCACAGAUGAGGAGCAAACUUCUGCUCUGAGAGCAGAUUAUUCUGUGUCACUGGAGGGUUUCCGGGGUUUUCGCAACACCAGGCACCGGGCACGGCAUCCCAUGGAUGGAGAGCAUCCAGGGGGAGACUCUUCCCAUGGGAACACGUGAAUUCCAGCUCCGAAUCACUGGUUUGACAACUCAGUGCAUGUCCCUCUCCCAGACUUUGGGGUUUUUCCUUUUUCUGGUUUUCCUGGGUGCUUGGAAGGCCUAAGAGCUGACGAGUCCGAGCUGUCGCCUCCCAAAAAAAUCAGCCAGGAACUUGCAGGUGGGAAUUAUCUUUGGAUCUGUUGAUUAUGCAGAAGACCAGACUGAUGAAUUUUGAUUAAGGAAGCGAAAUUUUGAGCAUUUAAAGUGAGGUGGAGCAAACCCCAUCCAAAAUAUUCAUCAGCACCGUUCCCUGGAACUGCAAAUCUCUCCUCACCAGUUUUUUUUUUCCUAGGAAACCAAGUUAAACGAUUGCUCCAUGGGUGCUUCCUUGGCUUCCUAAAUCCAAGCUUCUUUUGGCUUCCAUUAGGCAGCAGCUGGGGUCAGAUCCAUGUUACAAACAUGGAAAUGAUGUAACCCUGCAGCAGUGGUUUCUCUCUUCCCAUCAGUAUCCCCUGGAAUUGUACAAUUCCCAGGAUCUGAGUGGUCUUGGAGGUGAGUCUUGGAGAGGCACUGUGCCUUUGCUGUGUCAGAUCAUAUUUUAAGUGCUCACUGCACAUUUUAAAGCUUAAACCUUCUCUGAUUUGUAAUUUUUUUUGUAUUUAUGAUGCCGUAAAAUAAUAAAUACGAAUGCCCAGGAAUGUGUUAAGUCAAUUAUCCCUGGAAUACCAGCAGACCUACAGAAUGCACCCCCUGUUAAUCAGAAUAAAAUCCUGUAUACUUACGCUGUA